AAGGGCAGCGUCGCAACAAGCAGCCAGACAACAGCCAAAGUUGCAACAAAAAACGAAAUUGCAAAAUAUUCAUCAAAAAGAAAUUCCCCCACUCAAAAAAGCGAAGAAACAAGAAGAAGAAACAGCUGCCGACAGUGAUACCAUUAAAAUUUCUUCCGAUGAAGAGCAAACGCCGGCAAAAACAAACAACGCAGGUGAUAUUUACACGUUGGGCUGCAAUGCUGCGUCAUUUGAACAACAAAACCGCUGUCGCACACCCAGUCGUAGUCCGUGUGAUAACAGCAGCUCAUCCUCGGCAAUUUCCUCUUCACUGCGUUCGUUAGACUACGAAGCCGAAGCCGAUGAAGAGGAUGCCAAUGAAUGUGAGGGCGUGGAAUUGCAGCGCAAACUGGCUGGUGGCAAUGACAACUUGAUGCACGUACAGAAUUUUCUCAAUUAUUUCGAUGGACAACAACAACAACAGCAGCAGCGGCAGCAACGCAGGCAAAAGACCCCGGCAAUAUGUUAUGUCACACAAUUACAACAGGAAAUGUUGCGUCAACAAGAGGGGCAUAAUGUGGAUAAUUAUAUGACAAUGAGCUCCACAGGAGCUAACCGUCUUAACGCGUAUGUUGAGCAACACGCAGUCGAUGAGUUGUUGACGCCACAGCAGCAAUUGGAUUUCAUGUCGUCAACAGCAAAUACGACUGCUACUACCGCAUUGACAACAACAAGUACCACAACAAGCUCUGCAAAAGCAAGCAGCAAGCCAGGUAAAUUCACAAUUUCAACAAAGUUUUUACGCAAGCCGCGUCACAAAUUGAAAUCAGUGAAUUUAGCGCCGACAGCGGAUGUAAGCGGCGCAUUGGCAACAACAACGACAACAAUUGGUGGUGAUAAGGAGUUGGCAUUGCAUGAACAGCAACAGGGCAAUGAUAAUAAGCAGUUGUUAAUGCAACAAGAACUACAGCUGCCGCAACAACAACAACGACAGCAACCACCAUGUGCCGACGAACCGAAUGUGAAAUUCAAUUCGAAUUUCUCCAUUAAUUCACUUUUGAAUAAAAAAUAAUGAUAUUGCGAAGCCAAAUUGAAUUUCCGUUAUAUGUACUCGUAUUCAACUAUGGCCAUCAAUAUUUGUGCAUACAAGUUAUAAUGAUAGGAAUUGUACUAUAUUUCAACUGAUGAAAGUUUUAGAUUUGUUUUUAAACCACUACAUUUCAUUUCAAGCGAAAUUGUUUUUUUUUUUUUAAGAAUAUGUCUACCAAAGCAACACCAAGACGUAAAGGGUUACAUUUUUGCAUAAAUUAAAUACAUUUUAAAGAUAAAACAUACUUUCAAAUACUCAAAUAUAAUUACUAUAAUAUUGUUCUCUAAAAGUAAAAAUAAAAAAGUUAUAUGAAAAUCACAAGAAAACCCACCAAAACUACCACUUGUAAACAAUAAACAGUCAGCUGGUUGAGCAAACCAGAAAAGCCUUCAUAUCCAUAGUCAAAAGCAGUAAAUAAACUGUUUCUAAGCGCAUACCACAGUUGCCAAUUAGCAAACAUACAUAUGUAUAUUUAAAAGUAGAAAUCAAAUUUGUUAUGCUCAAUAAUAAAUAUGCGUUUAUAUUUUAUAUUAGCUGAAGAAAGAUUUCCCUUUAAAAUCUGAGUAAACUCCCUCGAUAUUAUUUGCUACUAGUUAUUACCAUGUAAGUAUGUAUGUAUAAUCAACGAACAAUUGUCCCUAAUAGCUGCGUAAGUUGUAAUUUUAACCAAAACUAUUAUAGAAGAACCCAUAUCUAUUUUAUUAAAAUAGUAUUUUAAUUAGUCUCUUUUGUUUUAAAGUCGAUGUCCACAUAAUUUUAGCGAUUAAACGAAAUAUUUAGUGCUUGUUCGUAUACCUAUAAGUACUCAUAGUAAUAAAAGUUUUUAUAUAUAACCCAGCUAAAUAACAUCGUGCGUAUGUAACUGUAUAAUUUAUGUUUGAAGAAGCACAUUGUAUAUAUAGUAUAUAAUAUUAAGCAUGAAGCAUAAAAAAUUUAAAGAAAUAAAAUUAUUAAAGCAACUGCUAAACACUUCGAAAAAAA